GGUUCCGAUUGGAAGGGGUGUAAUGUGAUACGUGCGCAUGAUACAAUAUAGUGUGUAAUAUAUAGAACGCCAGUGUUAUUUGUUUUGAAACUUGCCGCCAGCCAGUCUGAGUCUAUGCUGAUAAUACCUUCGCUUCCCUUGCGGGAAAAAUUUGCAAAUUAUCAGCUCUCGGUGUCCCCGAGUUUUAGUGGAUAUAAUUCCCGAAGGUAUUAUAAUACAUAAUACAUAAUACAUAAUACCUUCGGUUCUUCGGGCCGCAAAUUCCCUCCAGCAAGCUGUCGGGAAUUAUCAAGCGGAGCCCGAAGAGCCGAAGGCAUUAUUAUAUUAUAAUACUUUGUUAAUUUUUGUUUUCAUUCUUGUCGGUAUAUUUUUAAUUUUGAAGAUAUUUUUACACAUUUGAUUUAUAAAAUUUAAUUUCUGUCACGAGGUGUUGUUUCGUUAUAUAAUAUAUUAUGCAAAAUUAUGUUUAGGCUGGGAUUUUGCUGAUUUCAUUGCAUCACCUGCAUCAGUUCGGUGCAAGAAAACAAAUCAUGCGGUUAAGAUGCAAGCUACUUUAUUUUGAGCUUCUCGAAUCUCGAUUGUCCUGAAUGAAUUUAGAGGGAACUGUAGUUUAAGAAUAAGAUCGUUCACAUAUUAUUAUGUAAGCAAGAUUUUGGCCAUUCUAGACAGCCAUACCCUGAGCUCUCUGUAAUCACUUUACAGUUUACACAUGUUAUCUACUCAUCCCCUUCCACUAAAUAUGUGAACGAUACAAUUAUAGAUCUCAAUACCUAUUCAUAACUACAUAUCCAAUACAAGGCAAGAAGAUCCAGUAAUGUUAUAGGAGUUGAAGUGAGCUGAUGUAAAAAUCUAAUAUCGGUGACAUGAGGCACUGAUGUUAUGGCAGAUUCUACCGAAAAAAUCAAAGUACUAGUUUUAGGUGACUCAGGUGUAGGAAAGACAACCUUAGUUAACUUAGUAUCGAACACAAACAGUAAACCAUCGUGGACUGUCGGCUGUAAUGUGGAGGUCAUCUACCAUGAAUCAAGAGAAUACUCAGAGUUUAUAGAAAUGUGGGAUGUGGGAGGGAGUCUGGUUCACGAGAACAGCCGCGCUCUCUUCCUCCGUGGUUGCAUCUAUCACGGUCUUAUACUGGUACACGAUCUGACAAACAGUAAAUCUUACACUAACAUGAUCAGAUGGGCGCUGGAGUUUGCGCAACAUGGUGAGAAAUCUAAGAGGCUGUCGAGAGAGGCGGAGAUAGGCUUACUUCAAGGGAUUGACAUACCGAAACUAAUAGUUGGGACUAAGCAGGACUUUUUGUGGAGUAGGAGCAGAUAUACUACAGAUCGAACAGGGCUUAUUGGCGAUCUUAAUGCUCAAUUAAUUAGCGUUAAUUGCCUGGAUCACCUGCAGUAUAAGAACUCUUAUCAGCAACAACAGAUCGCAAACUUCUUUGAUCAAGUUAUAAAACACAAGAAAAAUGCUUCAAAUAGGUUUAAUAGACCUUUCCGGAGCACGACAGAGAGUCCAGCUCCCAGUACGAGUAGAUAUUUCAGUUCGUUAGAUUUAGGGUUUUCUUUUUAGCUGUUAUUGUUAUUGCAUGGCACGUUUCCAAUUUUUAGAUGUUUAUUCAUAUUAUUUUGGUGGUAAAUUUUCAAAUUGUUUAUACCGGAUGACUAAAUUACUCUGUAUUGAUUAUACCUCAA